AUGGCGACGGUGAAGAUGGCAUUUGAGGAGAAAUACACUAUUGUAAACAGGGGAAAUUAUAACCUGAGCUGUGAUGCCUCCCCUGACCAACUGCGGGCUGGAAUUCACUGGCGGCUUAAUGGUGUGCCACUCACUAAAAAUGCCCACUCAAACGAGCUCAGCGUGGAAGUGACAGACAGGCCUGAUGCGGGCAACUAUAGCUGUCAUGCGAAUGACACAGCAGAGUUAUUAAAACACUACUACAUACUCAUCAACGUGGGAAGAGAGGCUGAUAAAAUACUCGCAGAAACGAAUGGAAAUUACAUCACAUGUCACGCAGAGCAGUUUGGUGGGAAUUUCACCUGCUUCUGGAGAAUGAGAGAAAAAGCCAUUUUCUCAGCAAGCUUCUACCGUGAAGGUUGGAAUGGAGACUCCAAGGACUGUGUCCUGACUCAGUGCAAGACGUCAGAUUGCACUGUCCAAGCAAGCUGUACUGACGAGACCUUCUCCCCAUACGCUGAAGAGCUGAGGCAAAUCGCCCUCACAGUGGAGGCAGCUACAACCAAACGAUAUGAGAAGCACACAAAACACUUCUACAUCCGAGAUAUUUUAAAACCCGCUGCUCCGAAGAAACUCACGACCUUCAGGAAGAACCACAAGUUGAAAAUCGACUGGCAAUACCCAGAUUCCUGGAACAGUCCUCACUCCUACUUCCCACUAAUGUCCCAGGUUAGCGUCGAACUGACCUCCAGGAAGUGCAAACAUAAGAAACACAUCAGGACCAAGGAUUCACCGGUUGAGUUGCUGAUCCCGUGCAGAAAUGUCCCCCAUCAGCUGAAACGUCACCAGAACAUCAGCUGCUUCACUGAGAGUUCGAGCGUGGAGUUGCCAAUCAACAAGAAGAAGUCUCUCAAGGUCCAUAGGAUAUGUGUCCGUGUGAAGGAGCUGUUCUUCAACUCCACUUGGAGCGAUCCCACUUGCAGCGAUUGCCGAACAAAACUUCAAUCAGGAAGCUAUUGAGGCCAUUGGAAGUCUGGGUGCAUUCCUGUUUGAUGUGCUGCAUGUCACAGUGAGACCCAACACUACCCUCAAGCCGAG